AGAAAGCAAGGAAAAGGAGCGGAAAAAGAAAACAUAAAGAACGGAGAGGGGAUUUGUUUGGUUGAAUCAAAUGGGCGAACAAUGUGAUUUUCAGACGACCAUUAUCUAUUUUCCUCCUAUUUGUCGAAGAAUUGAUUUUGGGAAUGAGAGGAAGAACCUUUUCUUUCGCUGUCCGCAAGUCCCUCCCACCAAACACAGCUGACCACCGCAGAAGAUUAAGCUGGAAUCUGCAAUUGGGAAAACCGUUCCUACGAUGUAUUUUGAGAACUAUAUAUUAGAUUAAACGAAGUCCUUUGGCAUGCACCUUUGCAAAUUGCAAUGCGUCUACCGAGCAUUCCUACAGGUUCCAAACUCCCCAACUGGCACUCAACGAUCAAGCACUCAUCUUCCAAUGGAAAAUGGAAAGAAGUGCUUUCCCACUAUCGUGAAAUGAAGAGAGGAGGAGUUCAAUUAGCAGAACCGUCGUUGCUCUGUUCCAUUCUCAAAGCAGCUUCAGCACUCUCCUUUACACACGGAAAAUCUAUUCAUGCAUGCUUGCUCAAGCAAGGACUGGACUCGUUCACUUCUGUGGGAAAUUCCUCCUUGGACUUUUACAUGAAAUGGGGGACCUCUGAUUCUGCACUGCGUGUUUUUGGCGCCAUGGAUAGGAGAGACUCUGUUUCCUGGAAUAUAAUGAUUCACGGGUUCCUUCAAGAGGGUGAUUUAGAAGAAGGUUUGUUGUGGUUCGCGGAGGCUAGAAUCGCUGGAUUUGAACCCAACACUUCCACAUUGGUUCUAGUGAUCCACACAUGUCGCAGUCUUGGAAUUAUUACUCUUGCAGGACUCAAGAUACAUGCUUACAUAAUCAGAAAUGGGUUUGGUUCCAUUCCUUCAGUUCAGAAUUCUCUGCUGAGUAUGUAUGCAGACGCUGACAUAGGAUGUGCACAUGAGAUGUUUGAUGAAAUGACCAAGAGAGAUGUGGUCUCUUGGAGUGUGAUGAUUGGCGGCUAUGUGCAAAUUGAGGAAGCUCAGCUGGCAUUGUGCCUCUUCAGGGAGAUGGUAUCUGAGGCCAUGGUUGAACCGGAUGGAGUGACCACUGUCGGUGUUAUCAGAGCUUGUACUGUCUUGAGGGACAUCGGUUUGGGAAAAUCAGUCCAUGGGUUUACGAUCUGUAGAGGCUUUGAGUUUGACUUGUUUGUUGGAAACUCGUUGAUUGAUAUGUAUUCAAAAUGUAAUGAGGUUGACUUGGCCUUUGGAGUCUUCAAGGAGAUGCCUCAUAAGAACAAUGUUUCUUGGAAUUCAAUCUUAUCUGGAUUUGUCCAAAAUGAGAACCAUUCGGCAUCUUUAGGACUCUUCGAUUCUAUGAGGGAUGCGAGAAUUGAGGUGGAUGGAGUGACUCUUGUGAACCUUCUCCAAACAUGUAAGCAUUUUGUUGAUGCAUCUCAGUGCAAGCUUCUUCAUUCCAUGAUAAUCCGUCGGGGUUUUGAAUCAAAUGAGUUGGUGAUAAAUUCUUUGCUUGAUGCUUAUGCAAAGUCUAACCUUGUUGAGCUUGCAUGGAAACUGUUCCAUGGGAUGAAGAGAAGGGAUAUGGUUUCUUGGAGUACAAUGAUUGCUGGGUUUACAUACUGUGGCAAACCUGAUGAAGCAAUAGCAGUUUUCCAAAGCAUGAACGAGGCCCAAGAGAAUCCCAGUAAAGUUACCAUUUUAAAUCUCCUAGAGGCUUGCUCAGCUUCAGCUGAACUGAGAAGGUCAAAAUGGGCUCAUGGAAUUGCACUGAGAAGAGGCUUGGCUGCAGAUGUGGCAGUUGGUACAGCAAUUAUAGACAUGUACUCCAAGUGUGGAGCAAUUGAAGCAUCCAGAAAGGCCUUCCACCAAAUUCCCCAGAAGAAUAUAGUCUCAUGGGGUUCCAUGAUACAAGCUUACAGCACAAAUGGCCUUCCAAACGAUGCCCUAUCUUUAUUUUCUGAAAUGAAACAGCAUGGUUUGAAGCCAAACGCAGUAACAGCUCUCUCUGUUCUAUCCGCAUGUAGUCGUGGGGGGUUAGUGGAAGAGGGUCUCUCUGUUUUCCAAGGGAUGGUUCAAGAUGAUGGCAUCAAACCCAAAUUGGAGCACUAUUCGUGCAUGGUGGACAUGUUGGGUCGGGCAGGGAUGAUCGACCCUGCACUGGAAUUGAUCGAAAACUUGCCCAGAGGAUUGGAAGCCAGUGGAAGUCUUUGGGGGGCAUUCUUGAGUGCUUGCAGAUGCUGUGGAAACAGCGAGCUCGGUGCGAGAGCUCUUUCCCGUGUUCUUGAGUUAGAGCCUUCAAGUUCAGGGGGAUAUAUGCUUGCUUCGAGCAUGUACACUGCAGGUGGUCUAUGGAAUGAGGCUGCAAAGGUGAGAUUGUUAGCAAAGGAGAGGAGGGUGAAGGUCAUGGCUGGUUACAGCUCGGUGCAUGUUGGUAAUAGAGCGUGUAGGUUUGUUGCUGGAGAUGAGUCCCAUCCCAGGGCUGCCGAAGUAGGUGGUGUGGUUAAGCAGCUGCAUAUAUGUAUGAGGAUGGAUAAGGAAUCUGAUGCAACAAUGGGAUGUUCAUAAACCAAUUGUAACCUUAAAAAGUUUCUGAUUUUUUACGUAAAAAAAGGGUUGAACGUUCUUCAAACAUUUUUAAAAUACCUCAUUUGAUGUUUGUUAAUGAUUGUCUUAUUUUUACCAAGGCUAAUAAUUAGGAUGCUGGUGAUGUUGUGCUAGUGUAGUUCAACAUACAUAGUAAAGCUUCUAGCUAGAAAGUUAACCUUAAUAAACAAAUGGUUCAAUUCUCUGCAAAA